CUUGCUGAGAAGACUUAAAGCUGACAGAGGAAUGAUCUCAUUGUGUGAGUGCAGGCAAGGGACCACUCACUGCACAAUGAUGGGUGGCACAAAGCGAAGGAUGGUGAUCUCCAUCUCGGUCGGAACGAGAAGCCUCCUUAUUCUGGGGUUAGUUUCUGCCCUUUCACAGGUUUGCUGCGUGGCUCCCGAGGUGAGUUCCAGAGUGAAGUGGGCAGCCGAGAAUGGGAGCAACGUCUCCACAACAGAUCGAGGAGGGAAGCUUGAGACGGGGGCUUCAACGCCUGCUGGGCUGCCUGCUGGGCUGCCUGCUGCUAACAGAUCCCUGAGGCAGGCACUCGAUGUAGCGGGUGGAGUGAGUAAAGGCAGCACCAGGCAGAAGUACCCAUCCUACAGCAGGAUUGGAGGCAGCAAAGUCAACUUUGAGACGGCCAGGGGGAAAAACUGGUGCGCGUAUGUCCACACAAGACUCUCUCCUGUGGUGAUAAUGGAGAACGUGCAGACUCACAUAUUGUUACCAACAAGGUCAUGUAUCUUCAACACGGGAAAAUGCCAGAGCAGGCAUCAGAUUCAGAAUCAACCCAUUUACAGAAUUAAACACAAGAUAGUGACGUCAUUGAACUGGAAAUGCUGCCCUGGAUAUAUUGGAGCUGACUGCCUACCUAAAGAUUCUUUGAAGAGACAAGCGGAGGAGAACCAAGCUGAGAGUCAGAGAACGGGUGCAGAUCUCCCCAAGUAUCCUCAACCCCACUAUGAUCAAGCAUUGGCAAGAAAAUUCAAUGACAAGCUGUACAAUCAGGAAAUCAAACUGGGUCUUCUCCAAAAGAAGGUUGUAAACAUUUCUGCCAACGUGAACAAUGUCCAGAGUCUGCUGUACUCUCUGGAGGGCAAGAUAAAUGAAAAUAACGGGAAAGAUCUUCAGUCAACCUCAAAAGGUAACAAACCAAGAGGAAUUCAGGAGCUGGUGAAAGACUUGGUAUCACAACAGAUUCAGUCUCUUCAGAGAAACAUGCAGGAGACAGUGGCUGAGCUGUACAAAACCAUCUCCAGUGUAAGCGAGGAGCUUCAGAGCACUAAAGGAGCAAUCAGAGAGUUAAAUGGGACCCUUCUGCUGCUAUCUGCCGAUCUCCACCCCACAACAGUGGAGCACAAGCAGCCACCUCGAUCAGAACUCCACGAAAUUCAGGAGCAAAUGAGGGUGCUCAGAGCUGAUGUGUCACUGGCCUGCCACAACACCUCUCUGGAGAUGAAUGAAAAGCACAAAUCUCUUCAAAGUCAAAUGGAAGGGGAAUAUGAGAGAAUUGGUGCUCUCUUGGAAACCAUGAACCAAACCUUUUCGUUAGCCAGAGAGACCCCGGAGCUGCAUCUGACCAAUCAGACGCUCCAAGAUGUCCCUGAGCAAGAUGGAGCCCAGAUGGAGGGAGGCCUACAGAGGUAUCUGGUCAACAUCACGGAGAAUGUGAAAAUGCACGGCCGUUUGAUUUUGCAAUUGAACGGUGAAGUGAAUGCUCAUAAGCUGUCCCUCUUCAACUUGACAGCGGCGAACAGUCAGGAGAAACUGGAGAUGAGAACUUGCCAAGCAAUGGUUUACGAAUGCAAGAGUACGUUGGGUUUCAGACUGGAUCAAGUGGAGAACGAAGUUCUUGAUUUAAACAAGACAUUCUCUGACACCUUCAGCUCAUUAAUGGACUUCCUUGAAUCAAUGAAUGAGAGGAUUAGCAAUCUGUCGUAUGAUGUUGAGAACAUCCAGCCGAUCUUUGGAGAUCGAGGGUCAUCUCCCGAGACAAGCACAGCUUAUUCUGAGCAAACGCAAAGACAGGGCCUUGAGGAACGCCUGGACCAUCUCAGUUCCAAGGUUACAAGCCUCAGUGUGUUUGUCAGAAGCACGGUGGGAGCACAGUUGCUGAGGAACCAAAGCCAAGGUGGCGAAGAAUCACUGAGGGAGGCUCUGGCUGAAUGCCGCUUUGAAAUUGAGGAUGGAUUGAAUGACACAAUGACCGUCAUAAACGAUGCUGUGGAUACCAUGCGAGAUGAUUGCUACAUCUUGAAAAAUAACGUCACCGAUCUGUGGAGUUACAUUUCAGAAGUGUUUUCUGAGAGCACCGUCAAGCAGAAUCAUGUGUUAUCUCUCCUCCCACAGUUUGCUCAGCUGAAUGAGUCUUUUAAGGUCCUCGUGACUUACGUAGCAAGGCUCCAGAAUGCUUUGGAAAUGAUGGGUCUCCUUCAGGGUAUAAAAGACACGGAGAUGCUCGUUCCCCCAAUUAUGAUGAAUCUUCCUCAGUUGCUGAACACAACCACAGCCAACAUUGAGGAGUUCCAACAGAGGAUUCACCGACUGGAGCAAGUCAGUAAUUCCUCCUCUCCAGACACCAUGGAUUACCAUUCACGCAUACUGGCCCUCGAAUCGCUGCUGAGCUCGGCACAGGCGAGCUCCAAGCCUUCGGGGAAAGUCAAGUCCAAACCAACGCCGGGAGCCAAGGUCCAGACCGAGCCUCCGAAGUUCCAGCAACUGAGCCGCAAGGUGUCGGGGCUUCAGGCCAAGUUGACUAAUCUGAACACUGUGGUCGUCCGCGUAAAGAAGGAGUCGGACCAGACCCGUGGACUGUGCCUGAACCUGUCGCUGCUGCUUGCUCACGUCAACGCCAGCGCCCCGCGGCAUACGGCGCCGGAGGCAGUGCCCAAUGUCACGGCCCUUCAGCAGGAUCUCAGGGAGUUCGUGAGGACUACCAGCUGGGCCACCGCCGAGAUUGUCUUCACCAACAUCACCAUGUUCUUGGACAGAGCCAUUUCUGAUGUUGCCAGGAAGAUUACUAAGAUCCAGAAACAAGUGAAGCUGUUGAACAAGAGGCCAAAAGUUAUCAACAAAGCCAAUAUCACAGUCAAUUCCGGAAGAAGUCAAAGAUAUACGGACAAAAUCGUUGAUCCAGUGGAGUCUGCAAGCUGUGUCAGUGCCCCUUGCCAGAAUGGAGGGACAUGUAUUAAUCAAAGAAAAGGUUUUGUGUGUGCCUGCCGCCCCCCAUUUGGUGGUCCCAGCUGUGACAUUAAACUGCUGGAUGAAAAUGCCAUGAAGACAGAUUUUACCAGGGGAUCGUACAGGUACGUUCCAAUGGUGACGUUCUUUGUAGCACACACCUACGCGAUGAAUACCUCCGGCCCGAUCAGGUUUAACGAUCUCUACGUCAACUACGGAGCUUCCUAUGCACCUUGGAGCGGGAAGUUUUCAAUCCCGUUCCUUGGGGUGUACGUCUUCAAGUACACGAUCGAGUUCUGCAGCCCACACCUGUCUGGCUACCUGGUGGUCGAUGGGGUGGAUAAACUGGCCUUUGAAUAUGAAGAUAAGAACAAUGUGGUCUCCAGCAGCAGAACUGUCACAGGCGACGCUGUUCUAGAACUUAACUACGGGCAAAGGGUUUGGCUAAGAUUGAAGUCGGGCUCAAUUCCAGCAAAGUUUCCACCUGUGACAACGUUUGGUGGUUAUCUAUUGUAUCGCACAUAAAAUAAAAUCUCACUUUCCCAUGCUGACCUUUCUGUCCUGGGCCUCCUCCACUGUCAGAGUGAAGCCAAAUGGAAAUUGGAGGAACAGCACCUCAUAUUUCGCUUGGGCAGCUUACAACCCAGUGGUAUGAAGAUUGAUCUCCCCAACUUCAAGUAACCCUUGCUUUCCCUCUCUAUCUGUCCCUCUGCUACCCUUGUCAGCCCACUAGUUUCUCUGUUGGCCUGCUCAGUUUCACUGCUUGUAUCCAACCGUUAUCACCUCCACGGCCAACAAUGGACCAUUGUGGGCUCCACCUCUCCUUGAUCAUCAUUGCUGGCUUUGAUUUCUUCUUUGCAUACCUUUCAUUCAAUUGUUCUUUGUACCUUUUCAUAUCUCUUGUUUCCCUCUCCCCUGACUCUCAGUCUGAAGGGGGGGUCUCGACCCAAAACCUCACCUAUUCCUUUUCCCCCAGAGAUGUUGGCUGGCCCGCUGAGUUACUCCAGCAUUUUGUGUCUAUCUCAAAGAAAAUGAUACCACGCACACCUAAAAUUGGAAGUCAUAAUUAGCAAUAAAACAGGGCUUAAUUGCCAUUAAU